CUUCCCAAGUUUCUCCAACUCAACAUCUUGCAAGCAAAAGCAGCAACGACCACAUCAAUGGCUGCUACAGUUCUGGGAAAGCGAUCUCGGAGGGUUCUGGAAGAAGAAGAUAUCCCGAGUCCUGUCUCACCUUCGAAAAGACAAACGCGACGCUCGGCACCUCAGAUAUUCGAAGAUUCAACUGAACAAGAUGUGUCGCGAAAACCAGAGUCUCCAGCCAGUGCUGUACAGACUGCACGUGUCGUUAGAUCUCGGGGCGGACGGACGAGAUGCACAGUACAGGACGAGGUGGUAAAUGACCACACCACACAAAACACACCACUUGUGCUUGACUUACCGGUCGAGAAUGUGCCGCCUUCAGCUGUCUCGACUCCGUCAGCUGUGCGCUUCAAGGAUGCACUUGCAACACCUCCAAGCACGCCAAAGCAUCGUGUGCGCCUUGCAGGGUGGUCGCUAACUCCACGAUCGUCACGCACUUCCACGCCAUUGAAGUCGUCAAAUGUCUAUUCUCAGGCAAGACAAGCUUUCGCCCAAGCGUCCAACUGCAAGAUUAUUGGGCGCGAAGCAGAACGCGGUCAAUUGACUCAAUUCAUCUCCAGUGCCAUUGAGAAAGAAGUCGGUGGCUGCACCUAUGUUAGUGGGCCUCCAGGAACCGGAAAGAGCGCGCUGGUGCAAGAAGUCAUGCAAGAAUUCGAAAUGCGUCCAGUCAAAGUCGCCACAAUCAAUUGUGUCGCAUUCAGGACUUCUACAGAAGUUCUGACCAAGUUUGCCCAAGAGUUCGGCUGUGCCACUAGCAACCAGAAAUCGACAAAGGCCAACCUCGCAAAACUAUUCACAGGCCGAAAAGCCGACCGCACGAUGCAUCUUGUGCUGUUAGACGAAAUCGACGCGCUUCUCAAUGGUGAAUGCGAAAUCCUGUACACCAUAUUCGAAUGGGCAAUGCAUCCGUCCUCGUCUCUGGUCCUGAUUGGAAUUGCCAACGCGCUCGAUCUGACCGACCGCUUCUUGCCACGAUUGAAAACGAAGAACGUCAAGCCGCAACUUCUUCCUUUUCUUCCCUACACGGCCUCUCAAAUGUCGAAAAUCAUCUCCGAGAAGCUCCGCUCUCUUCUGCCAGCUGGAAGCGACGCAGCGCCCGAGUUUGUGCCCUUGAUUCACCCGGCUGCGAUUCAACUGAGUAGCAAGAAGAUCGCAUCGCAGACUGGCGACCUACGAAAAGCCUUCAGUCUGGUCCGGCGUGUCAUUGAUCAAACUGAGCAAGAAACAGUCGCAAAGUUGAGCCGAAGCCCAAUUACCAGUCCUACCAAACAGCCUCUCACCGAGAUCCGCAAUGUCGCAGUGACAGCAUUAUCUGGUUCAUCACCUUUAAAAGCAGAGGAUCGUUCAUCUCUGGGUCAACUGACCAUGGAGACAGCACCACGGGCCACUCCUGCAUAUGUUGCAGCCAUUGCUUCCAACAUCUUCAACAAUGCCACAACUAGUCGCCUGGGUGGCCUCAAUCUCCAGCAGAAGGCCGUUUUGUGUUCAUUGGUGGCAUCAGAGAGUCGUCAACGGCACCGUGAUCCAUACAAGACGCCGUCCAAGUCGCAAUCACGAAUACCUACCAUCAAAGGACUCUUUGAGAAAUACUCCGUGCUGUGCAAACGUGAUGGCACUUUGGUGCCGCUGAAAAUCACAGAGUUUCGGGAUGUCGUUGCUAGUCUGGAAACUCUAGGACUAGUACAAGAAGCCGUAGGCCGACAGUCCAGUCUAUUGACACCAUCAAAGACGCCAUCGAGAAGUAGAAGAGCACUGGACGAUAAGCCAGUGGUGAGCGCUAUAUCCGAGACGGAAAUGAAGGAAAGUCUUCAUGGGCCAGGAGCAGACUUGUUGUUGAAACUGUUUGAAGAACAUUGAUGGAAGGGUUUGUUUGUUUUGCAUAGCAUGUUGCUGGUUGUUGCAUGAGCCAUGAAGUUGACACGGACUUGUUUGUGAUGGUUCAGGUUGAUGCAUGCAUAUACACGAUCGUUUGAUACAGGCGCUUCAUCCUGAUGAUGAGCGACGAAACCUAGACCAGAAGAAGAAUUUGAUCGUUGACCAAACUU